GGUCUCCGCGGCUUUGGAAGAUUUGGGCGCGAAUUACUCUGAGCGCGGCACCUGCAAGGAUUCAAGCGGCGUCUUUGACAUUUUGAAGGACUGUUAUAGUUGUUCUGUUUACAUCAAGAUGUCUAGCAAAGCAAAUCCUUCUAAGAAAAGGUCUCAACAUUUAAAAAGAAAUCCAAAAAGAAAAAUUGAUAAUGAAGAAGCAGAGUUAUCAGAGAAAGAGGUUAGAAACACAACGAAAAAAAAUAAAAGUCAUCCAAAACAUCUGUCUUCUGAAGGACAAGCAAAGCAUACUAAUCUAAAACAGGUAAAGAUCGCAACCCACAAGAGAAAAACCUGGCAACCUCUUUCGAAGAGUAGUAGAGAACAUUUGCAAACUAUGAUGGAAUCAGUAAUAAUAGCAAUUUUGAGUAACAGUAGAGAAAGUGAAAAAAUUCAAUAUCAUCUGAACUUCCUAAAGAAAAGAUUGCUGCAACUGUGUGAAACCCUGAAAGUCCCUCCCAAAAAGCAAGAUUUAACUCAUGUGUCAAGCCUACUGAAAAUGGAAAGGGCACAGCACAGAGCUAAUGAAGAGGGUCUGGCAUUAUUGCAGGAAGAAACAGAUAAAAUAGUGGAGACCAUAGAGUCAAUGACUGGGGAUAUUCAAAGCCUAAAGAACAAAGUUCAUGUUCUGAGAAGUGAAGUAGAAGAAGAGGAAAGGAAGGUAAAACAGAUGUUUCAAAUAGAUAGUGAGGUACUCUGUCUUCCCGAACUUUCUCAGAAGAGUCUCAAAGCACCCACCCUUCAGAAAGAAAUUUUGAUGCUAAUUCCAAACCAGAACGCUCUUCUGAAGGACUUAGAUGUUCUCCAUAAUUCACCCCAGAUGAAGGACAUGUUAACUUUCAUUGAAGAAGUCUAUAAAAGACUGGAUGCCUCUUAAAGAGUUUAUUGUUUUGUUUUGUUUGUAGAUUGUUCCAUAUGAAUUUAAUGUUUAUGAAUUUGUAAAAAUGUUUUUCUACGUGAUAUUGCCGGGGCUGAGGCUUCUUCAGGAUUCUCCUAAUAUGCACUUUAAAAUCAACCUCUAUAAAUCUACCAUUAGCCUCUAUACAUCUAACAUAGUCCUUGAAAACUGUUUCUAUCAUUUCCCACAUCUAGGAACUCACAUUUAUGUUGCUGUAUUUCCAGUUAUUUGCCCAAAACCGUAAAAUGAGAACAGCCACAAUCUGAUGGCUUAUAAUGGCUGAGUAGAGUUCAUUUAUUGGUUAGUGAAGAGGAAAUAUGAUACUGUGACUUAACAUAUGUAAAGUGUUUAUAGUGCCUAGCACAUAAAAAGGUAAGUGUUUGGUAUCAAUAUUGUUUUUUAGCUGAUGACUUGCAUUUUCUGUCUGGUCAUGUGGAACUCUAGAAGUCCCCAAAUGCCUUUGCUCUUUUACAUAACUCCCUAGACUUUUUGUGGCAUAAUUAAGAUUUGCCAGGUGUCUUUAACUUUAGAGGUAACAUGAACAUUUUAUUUCUUAGGUUAGUGAAUAGAUGUUGAAUAUUUAUUUUCUGCUCUCAUCGGAGCAUACCUUUAUUUCGUAAAAUUGUUAAAAACGAACCCAAGUUCAUUUAUUCUCUUAAAAUAAACACCAAAC